CAGGCAAGAGUCGCUCAUUAGCGCGUCAGUUAUCGAUAACGAACCUCGCCGCCCCUCCGCGAACUUUUGUGACGCAAGGCGGUCAUAAUUUCUGAAUCUACGAAUGCUACCAGAACACAGCACACACCAUGUCCGCACCAGCGACUACAAAAGCGAUACCUGGCGAGCUGCAAGACAAAUUCGACCUCGGAAUCUGGCACUGCCUCUUCAACUGGCCAACGCUCACGGUCGCGGUGCAGAACCAAUGGGGCGGCCCCGACAGCUCUGAAAAGCGCGACUGGCUCGCGGGCCAGAUCAGCGACCUCUUCUCGUCGGAGCCGCUGACGGACGCCGAGGACGUCGAGGUCAUGCUGCUCCAAGUGCUCGAGGACGAAUACGGCUGCCGGAUCGAGGACGAGACCGAGGUCGCCGUCGCGCGGGCCAUCAUGAAAGUGCGGAAGGAGAUCGGCGAGGGGAACACGAGCGGGGUGGAGCAGAUGCAUAAGAAGUGGGAGGACAGGAAGGGCAAGGAGGUUGCGACGGGGAACGUGCAGGUCAGCGAGAGCAAUCAGGAGGCGGAGUGGGAUAGCGUGGAUGAGGAGAGCGAGGACGAGGACGAGGAUGUGGACAUGGACGAUGCGCCUGCGUUGGUGCCUGCGAGGGCGAAGGAGCCCAAGGCUGAGCCGGAAGUUGACGAGGAUGGGUUUGAGAAGGUGGUGGGGAAGAAGAGGAGGUGAGUUGAUGAGUGGACCGACAGGCGUAAAAGAAAAACAAGAAAAAAAGAAAAAGAGAAGAAGCGAGAAAAGGACAGUCGGGAGUCGACCUCUGGAACCAAGAUAUCACGACAUGCUGGUGUUGUGAUGUGAUGCUUGAAAUGCGAUGCAUGCGUGACAUGUGAGAGCACCUGUCGGGCGCUAGGCUGCUGGCUGCGGAGAGCUCGAUCAUCAAUGCAGGG